UCCACCUGUGCAUGCAUAUCAAAUUUAUGCCAUCAAAACACCAAAACUCAAACCAGAACAACAACACUUAGAAGAUCUCACAGGUUUUUGUUUGAAAUUAAGGAAAAUGGCAGCCAUGAUGACUUCUCUUCCCCAGUUUAAUGGCCUUAAAGCCAUCACAGCCCCAUCAACUUCCCCCGCGAGGAGUUUGGUUGCCCUACAACCAAUGAAGCGCAGGGGAGGAGGUGCUUUGGGAGCUCGUUGUGAUUUCAUUGGCUCACCCACAAAUUUGAUAAUGGUGACAGCAACAAGCCUAAUGCUAUUUGCUGGGAGGUUCGGGCUGGCGCCAUCAGCGAACCGGAAGGCGACCGCCGGGCUGAAGCUGGAGAGCCGGGACUCCGGUCUACAAUCGGGUGACCCGGCCGGGUUCACUCUUGCUGAUACCUUGGCUUGUGGCACUGUUGGCCACAUCCUUGGUGUUGGAGUUGUUCUUGGCCUCAAGAACAUUGGUGCUCUCUAAAAUCCUGUUGUCUUUGCUAUGGUUAUGCCAAUAUUAAUUUGUGAAUUAAGGAGUAUAAUGUUCCCUUUAACUAUAUAUGUUAUUUAAUUUCCUAUGUUUGCAUUCUCGUGAA